UCCACCACAAGUUGGGAAUGUUGUCUAGAAAGUGUGAAAGCAAUUGCAACCCAAACUCCCCAAAUAAGAGAAGCUUUGAUUAAAUUGGGAAAAGAUUGUCCUGAUUAUUCGUCAAAAAGUGAUGUUAAAAGUGUGCUCAAACAGCUGGAGAGAUUUGAGUUCUUAUUGGGCAUGACAAUAUGGUAUGAAGUUUUGCACCCGAUUAGUCAGGUCAGUAAAUUGUUACAAAGUGAAGAUAUGUGCAUUGAUACUUGUGUGAUGAAUAUGAAUGAUUUGAUUAUUCAUUUAAACAAGUAUAGAGAAGAAGGGUUUGAAGAUGCUCUGAACACCACAAAAGGCAUUGCUCUUGAAAUGGGAUUGGAACCCGAUUUUCCUAAAAAACGCCUGAAGCGUAGGAAAAAAUACUUUGAUGAAGACAAUGAAGAAGAUGAUGAAGAUAAGUCUCCAGAAGAUUCUUUUAAAUGUUUUUAUUUCAAUGUUGUGAUGGAUGCUGCUUUGAUGUCUUUGCAAACUAGAUUUGAUCAGAUGAAGGAUUUUCAGCGUAUAUUUGGUUUUAUGUUUAGUUCAAGGAACUUGAAAUCGUUGGCUCAUGAUAAAUUGAAAGAAUGCUGUGAGAUACUUGCAGAUGCUUUACAAGAUGGUGAGAAAGAAGAUGUUGAUAGGAAUGAUCUCUUUCAAGAAUUGAAAAUGUUGCAAAAUGUUUUACCGGAUGACAAAGAGACCGUUAUUCAAAUUCUUGAUUUUGUGAAGAUUAUGGGCUGCUAUCCGAACACAACAAUUGCUUAUAGGAUACUAUUGACAGUACCCGUAACUGUGGCCACUGCAGAAAGGAGUUUUUCAAAGUUGAAGAUUCUAAAAAAUUAUCUGCGAUCAACAAUGUCUCAAGAAAGGCUUAAUGGAUUAGCUAUAUUAAAUAUUGAACAUAAUCGGUUAGAAAAGCUUGAUUAUGAAGCUAUAGUUGAUGACUUUGCUUCACAAUGUUCAG